AUGGCGAAGUUCCUGAUGCUUGUGGAGGUCCUUGGCAGUCACCGCUACUACAGAGAAGUGCUGGGUCGCAGGAGGCAAACUGGCCUUCCCAGCAUAUCGUUCCAUGUUGUGGACGCUUUCUAUGGGUUUUCCUAUACGAUCGUGGCCUUCCACAUUGCAUGGGCUUCGUUAGAGCAGGCCUCCUUGCUUCAACGGCGUUGGUUGCCGGGUGGCUGGUCGCCUAUUGGCAUUUUCCUCUCUUUGAUCCUGCGGGGUGCUUUCCUGCCUUUUGGGAUGAAACUGAAAGCAGCAAUGUAUUUUUCUGUGCAUCGAUUGCUCCAUGUGCAACCCUUUUAUACCUGCUGGCACAAGGAACAUCAUUUCUCGGCAUCGCAGACGUGUCUCACAGCCUGCCAGGAGUCUGGUUUGCUCGAGAGCGGAGCUGAGGUGCAGGGCUUGCAAACGACCUAUAGAACUGAUUUGUCUCAGCGUGUUGUGCAAUCAGAGCUCAUUGACUCUAUAGUGCAGUUGCCAUCCUCUUGUUUGUUGCAUUACCGCUCUUGUUGUGUUCUUUGGCCGCUCCGAUGCCAUGAAAGGGAAUUUGCUGCCCCUAAGCUUUUCAUGAGAAACAUGUUCGCUGGGCAACGUCCAAAAUUGUAG